UCGUACGUAUCAAUCUAGGCACAACCUCAACAGCUCGAUAGCAGGGAAGAAGCAGAAGGACGGAGUGGAGUGCCUUAACAAGAACAAAAUCACAUCAUAAAGAAAGGCAAAAACAAAACAAGAAAGGGAACCUGACGUCAAACUCAACCGAGGAGCGCUCAAGGCCAGACAAAAUAAAAGAUUGGCUGAUCGUCCCAAUCAACAUCCCCGAAAAAGAAAUGCACUGUCAGUAUCAACACUGCUGACUUUUUUGUGAAUCUUGCGAGACAGUCUGUCUUCCGACUAUAGAUUCAUAUCGCAAUGGACGAUCUUUACGAUGAAUUUGGCAACUAUAUUGGUGAAGUGGGAGAAUCGGAUGAGGAAUCUGCUCUUAAUGAAGGUGCUGAGCCCCAAGCAUUCCAAUUUGAGGAGGCUUUCGCGGGCGAUGAAGAGGGGGAAGCCAGUGAGCAUCAGUUGAUGGAGGUGGAUGAAGGUCCCUCAAAUGCCGUCAUCCUUCAUGAAGAUAAACAGUAUUACCCGAGUGCCCAGCAAGUGUACGGGGAGGAUGUUGAAACCCUUGUUCAAGAGGAGGACGCACAGCCUCUCUCUGAGCCUAUAAUUGCGCCCGUCCAACAAAAGAAAUUCGCAAUCGAAGAAGCUGAGCUGCCGCAGGUCCAUUACUCCAGAGAGUUCAUGAUGGACUUGCUCAAUUUCCCUGAGCAGAUAAGGAACAUAGCAGUUGUCGGUCAUCUACAUCACGGCAAGACAGCUUUUAUGGACAUGCUUGUUACGCAGACCCAUGAUUUAGCUGAUCGUCUGGAGAAACGAGCCGGCAGACGAAAGGAGGAGCAGCUUCGAUAUACGGAUGUGCACUUUCUUGAAAGAGAAAGGGGUAUUUCUAUCAAAAUGGCGCCUAUGAGCUUGGUCCUCCAGGGCACAAGAGGCAAAUCCCAUCUUUUCAACAUUCUUGACACUCCGGGUCAUGUGAACUUUGUCGAUGAAGUGGCGGCCGCAUGUCGACUAGCUGACGGUGUCGUGCUCGUAGUCGACGUUGUCGAAGGCGUGCAAGCGAAUACCGAGCAGAUUAUCAAGCAUGCUAUACUCGAAGAUCUCCCACUCACGCUGGUGCUAAACAAAAUGGAUCGGUUGAUACUAGAGCUCAAAAUACCUCCUAAUGAUGCUUACUUCAAAUUGAAGCACGUGGUUGAGGAGGUAAACACUAUUAUCGAGAAUAUUUUACCGGGCCAAGGUGAAAAGAGGCGACUCAGCCCGGAACGCGGCAAUGUUUCUUUCGCGUGCGCUUCCAUGGGAUGGUGCUUCACCUUGCAUUCGUUUGCCAAGAUGUAUGCAGAGACCUACCCUCAGGUUGAGUCAUCUGACCUCAGUUUACGUCUGUGGGGCGAUAUCUUCUACAAUCCUAGAAGUCGAAAAUUUACCCGGAAAGGAUUGGAGGACGAAUCAAAGAGGACAUUUGUCAAGUUUGUUCUGGAGCCCAUUUACAAGCUUUACUCGCACACGUUAAGCGAAAGUCCCGAAGACCUCAAGGUUACGCUGGCUAGUGUCGGUGUUGAUAUCAAACCGUCGCACUUGAGAUCUGACGCGAAAGGCCUACUUCGCCUGGUUUGUGAUCAAUUCUUUGGCGCUGCAACGGGAUUCGUGGACAUGGUACUCCAGCACAUACCCUCCCCUGCAGACGGUGCACAAAAGAAGCUGGAGCGGUAUUACACAGGAUCCUUGGAUACAAAGAUUGCAGCAGCAAUGGCUGCGUGUGACCCUGAUGGCCCACUUGUUGUGCAUGUCACCAAGCUCUUUACUAGUACGGAUGCGUCGAAAUUUCACGCUUUCGGGAGAAUUAUGAGUGGCACGGUCUGCCCCAGUCAACAGGUUCGUGUACUUGGCGAAGGCUAUACUCCCGAAGAUGAGGAAGACAUGGUAGUUGCAACGAUUUCCGACACAUGGAUUGCGGAAACGGCAUACAGCAUCCCCACAACUGGAGUUCCUGCUGGCAACCUAGUUCUUCUUGGGGGCGUGGACAAUUCCAUUGCGAAGACAGCGACUCUAGUGCCACUUCAGCUCGAAGAUCACGAAGAGGCCUACAUUUUCAGCCCAAUCCGGCACAUGACUGAAUCUGUAUUCAAGGUCGCUGUCGAGCCCGUCAACCCAUCUGAAUUGCCUAAGAUGCUUGAUGGUCUUCGUAAGGUGAACAAAAGCUACCCCUUGGUCUCAACUAAAGUAGAGGAAUCUGGUGAACACGUGCUUCUAGGCACUGGCGAGCUCUAUAUGGACUGUGUGCUUCAUGAUCUUCGGAGGUUAUUCUCAGAGAUGGAAAUCAAAGUCUCAGAUCCUGUUACCCGGUUUUGCGAAACCGUUGUUGAAACAUCAGCCAUCAUGUGCUAUUCUAUCACCCCAAACAAGAAGAACAAGAUCACGAUGAUUGCCGAACCCUUGGAUGAUGGGAUUGCCGAGGAUAUCGAGAGCGGCAGAGUUAGUAUCAAGGAUCCAAUCCGCAAAGUGGCUCGCUUCUUCGAAGACAAGUACGAAUGGGAUAAGCUGGCAGCGCGAAGCAUCUGGGCAUUUGGCCCAGAUGAAAUGGGUCCAAACGUUCUGCAGGAUGAUACCUUGCCUUCUCAAGUUGACAAAAAGCUCCUCAGCAGUGUUAGGGAUUCCAUUACCCAGGGCUUCAGCUGGGGCACGAGGGAAGGACCUCUGUGUGAAGAACCGAUCCGCAACACGCGUUUCAGGCUCACGGAUGUCUCGCUUGCUGAUCAGGCGAUCUACAGAGGAGGUGGUCAGAUCAUUCCCACCUCCCGGCGGGCCAUCUACUCUUCUUUCCUGAUGGCAUCUCCACGUUUGAUGGAACCCAUAUACUCUUGCACAAUGACGGGGCCCGCAGACGCCGUCGCCUCGGUGUAUACGGUCCUCUCUCGAAGAAGGGGGCACGUACUUUCCGAUGGGCCGAUUGCAGGGACGCCGCUAUAUUCCGUUCGCGGCUUGGUACCAGUGAUAGAUUCUUUCGGGUUUGAGACAGAUCUUAGGAUCCAUACACAGGGUCAAGCAGCCGUGAGUCUUGUCUUUGACAAAUGGAGCGUCGUCCCGGGAGAUCCGCUCGAUCGUGAAGUCAAGGUUAAGCCGUUGGAGAUGGCUCCUGCCAUGGCCACCGCCCGCGACUUUGUGCUAAAGACUAGAAGGCGUAAAGGUCUGGCAGAGGAUGUUACAGUGAGCAAAUUCUUGGAGCCAGAACUUUGGAAGGGAUUAAAGGAAAGUGGAGUUCUAGACUCGUGAAAGAUAUCGUCAUGAUGAUGUUGAUUGGAAUUACCUGUUGAAUAUUUUACUUGAAAAUCAUCUGUAGAAUAUUACAAGUUCACUCAUACGAAU